UUAUCACAAAGAUAAUCAUGUCGUCUGGGUUUAUCAUACAAUGAAGAGUGCCAGAGAAUAAUAUGUGUGUAAACAUUUUUGAGAUGAAGCUGAAAAGUAAAAUAUUUUCCCAGUAAGUUCGCGCAAAUGUCUUUAUUAAUUUUUUUUCUUCAAAGUCACUCCAAUUGGCAAUGUGUUGGAGUUUUCAGCAGCAGUGUGAAAAAAAAAUAAAUGACUGUAUAGUUUGGAAAUGCUGAUACGUAUAGAAAUUUAAGCUUUUUCGUGGCUUGAGUAGAAUACAGUGUAGGCAGUGGAUACCAUUCGUGCCGCGAUACUCGCCCAGUGAGGAUCAUCUUUUAGUUGAGUGCAAAAUUCUGUGUUCGAGGAGUGAGAGCUUUGUUGGUGCUGCACACUCAAGUAGAUAACCGCAGCAGGAUUAAGUUUGGUGGUGUGGAGACAGAGUAAGGGGGCAAUUGGAGAUAUAUGGGAUCAACAGCCAGAUAUUACUAGAUUUUCUUUUUUCGUACUUUGUGUCCCCCCAAAGUGACUCCGCGAAGAAAGGCCACAGUCUGUGCUAACAUAAGGCUGCUUGUGCAGUCUUCAGUGUACGACGACCAGCCAUUGAAGUGAAGUGCGUAUAUAUGGAAUUGAUGUUUCAUUAAACUUUUGAUAACAUGUGAUAACAGAGCAAUUGUGCGGAAGAAAAUUCUCUGUACUUUUUUUUCUAUUGAAAAAUUAAUUGGCAUGUGCUUUGUGAAUUUGUGCUCAUUUUAACGAGGAAUUUGAGUGGUUUUGAAGACUUUUUUUUCUCAAGGAGAUCAGCUUAGACAAAUCUAUACAUUUCACAAUGGCUGUUGAUCACACAUUGGAGGAAAUGAUGGGAAUGCUAGGGGACUUUGGGCGCUACCAGGGCUUCCAGUUCUUCCUGCACAUCCUGUCUGCACUCACAGCUGGUAUGCACAUGCUUUCACUUGUCACUGUGAUGGCAACACCGGAGCAUCGAUGCUUUGUUGAGGAUUUGGACAGCAAUGGGACACAUUUCCCCUGGAAUAGUUCCGAGAUAUCGCGAUACAUACCCUUGAAGGCAUCCGGGGAAAUGGAUUCAUGUCGUUUAUUUGAUGGAAAUGAAACAAUUCAAUGCUCUUCAUAUGUCUACGAUCGAACGUACUAUGAGACAUCGAAGACGAUUGAUUGGGAUUUCGUGUGCAACAAACGUUGGAUGGCAUCUAUAUCGCAAACUGUGUACAUGUUUGGAGUUUUCACGGGAGCCGUAGUUCUUGGGGGGCUUGCAGAUAAAGUUGGUCGCAAAGCAAUAUUCUGCUGGUCGGCAACACUUCAAUUGAUCCUCGGUGUUGGUGUGGCAUUCAUCCCGGAAUACUACUCCUUCCUUGUUGUACGUUUCUUCUAUGGGAUCUUCGGUAGUGCAGGAAGCUACAUCACUGGAUUCGUGCUGACAAUGGAACUCGUGGGGCCAAGCAAGAGAACUGCCUGUGGAAUUGCUUUUCAAGCAACUUUUGCAGCUGGUAUCAUGUUGGUUGCUGCCUGGGGAGCUCUCAUUAAGGAUCAUGUUCUCCUUCAGGCAAUCUAUGGGUUACACAGCUGUCUACUCAUUGCCCACUGGUGGGUUAUGGAUGAAUCUCCACGAUGGCUUUGGAUGCAAGGACGUACCAGAGAAGCCAUUGAUAUUGUUGCGAAGGGAUUGAAGAUGAAUGGACGAGGAAUUACAAUGGACAAGGAAUACUUUGCACGCAAAACGAAGGCUGCAACAGUGAUGCAAGGUGAAGAACCCCGAGAAACUGCAGGGGUGUUGGAUUUAUUUAAAACCCCAAAUCUCCGGAUGAAGACAAUCAAUGUGUGCGUCAAUUGGUUUGCAAAUUCUCUCGUUUACUACGGAUUAUCCCUCAGCACGGGGAAACUCUACGGGAAUCCCUUUCUCAUUCUCUUCAUCAUGGGUCUCGUAGAAUAUCCCAGCUAUAUUGUAGUUGUACUCCUUCUGGACAAAAUGGGUCGUCGCUUUCUUACAAGCUUCCUCAUGCUCGCAGGUGGUUUGUGCUGCAUAGCAGCUACUCAAAUGGUGCAGGGCAGUACAACAACAACAGGAAUCGUCAUGAUGGGCAAACUCUUCAUUGCGGGUUCCUUUGCAAUUAUCUACAACUACUCAGCCGAACUCUUUCCCACAGUCGUAAGGAAUUCAGCAAUGGGAUUGGGUUCAAUGGCAGCUCGUCUCUCCGGAGCACUAACGCCCCUUAUCACCCUUCUGGAUUCAUUUGAUCCCACCGUGCCUGCAAUUAUUUUCGGCGUUGUGGCUCUUCUAUCGGGCUUUUGGACACUAUUCCUGCCAGAAACAAUGAAUCAACCAAUGCCACAGAGUAUUCAGGAUGGGGAGACUUUUGGCAAAGGGGAUACCUUCUUCACAACAUUCCUCGGACGUAAGAAGCGUGAUGUUGUUCAACCUGUCCAUAUGGAACAAAUGGUACCACUCCAAAACAAUGAUAAGUAAAUAUAAAUCAAAAACAAAUAUUUUAAUACAGUGAGGAGGAAAUCUGAACAAAGCAUUUUAAAGUUUUAGAUAUUAAGAGGAAUUGUUGAUAAUAAUAUUUUUAAAAUUAAUCAAAUCUUAUUUGUUUAGUGAGUAAUGACGCCCUAUUACAAUAAGAUGACGAAAUCUUUUUUGAAAAGAAAAUUAAAUAUUUAAAAAAUAUUUUUUAAAAAGUGUGGGAUCCACAGAUUUACUGCUCACUGUAAAGAAAAUCAGAAUGACAUCGCUCUGUCACACCUUUAUGAAAAAUUCUCAACACGUGGAGCUAUAAGAUUCAAGGAAAUUCGACGAUAAAAUAUUGCACAAAAAAAAAAAACAAAUAAUGUGCCUAUGUAAUUUCCAAUUCUGAACAAUAACUAUUGUUCUUUUAUUUAUUUAUCUGAGAUUAUAAUAUUCCAUAAUCAACAUUCAUCUGUAUUUUUUUAUUGUUAUUUUAUGUACAACGAAGAUAAUAAAAAAUUAACAACAAUUUCUUUUUUUAUAUUAUAAAAAAACUAACGUGUAUAUAAUAUAUUCUGUCAGAAUCGAGACAUAUUUUUCUUUUUUUUUAUGUGUAUUACUUUAAAUAGAAGGAAAUUAUAUGGUAUAUCAUAUAAUUGAGGAAUUUAUUAGACAACAAAAAUAUUAAAUAAGAUGUAAAAUAUAUAUUGAAUAUAAUUAUGUAUAAUGACUAAAUAUAUUUUUACAUCUCUGUCAAAUUACUAAGAAAUUCGAUGUGAAGAAUAAAUUAUAUUAUAUAUUUUUUCUACA